UAAAAUCUUUGAAAUUAUGUAUUUUACGUGUGUCAAUGAAUCACAAGAAAUAAACUUGGGCUGUGAGAUUGAACAAUGUAUUGAUCGACAUUUGAAUGUUUUUCCGUUUGAUAAGAAGGAUCUUGUUUAUAUUUUUGGUGAAGACUUUGAUGAAGAAGACAGUUCUAUCAGUUCUAUUCCUGUAUCACCAUCAUCUUCUCAAUAUUCCACGUGUGGUUCUGAAAUUAAUGAGGAUUCGGGUGCUUGCAAUAAAAACCACAAAACAAAAUUCUCAAAGCCGCAACAACUUUAUUUUGGAUCUACCAACAUUCCACCUCCUGCUUCAUCAAGAAAUGCUCAAUUAUUUGCUUCUCGACGUUCUCUUCCAAUAUGGAAUUUCAAAAACAAAAUUUUAGCUUCUAUUAAACAACAUCCUGUUACUUUAAUUACUGGAGGGACUGGUUGCGGGAAAACUACUCAGGUUCCCCAAUUUUUGUUGGAGGAUGCUGCAGAAAAUUCUACUCCAAUACAAAUAAUGUGCACUCAACCUAGACGUCUUCCUGCAAUAUCAAUUGCUAAAAGGGUUGCUUUGGAAAGAGGCGAAAUGCUUGGGGAUAUUGUUGGAUAUCAUAUUCGUUUGGAGCAGAGAAUUUCGUCCAAAACUGCACUUACUUAUUGUACAAGUGGUGUUCUUCUUAGAAAAUUGACUAAUGAUGAAUUAGCUUCAGAGAUUACACACGUUAUACUUGACGAAAUUCAUGAACGAGAAACAAAUACUGAUUAUUUAUUAAUUGUUUUGCGAUGGGCAAUUUCGCGUCGACCAGAUUUGAGAGUUGUGCUAAUGUCUGCAACUAUGGGAGAAAACAUUAAUAAAUUCUUGAAAUAUUUUGAGCAGCAGGGGAUUUGUCAUAUUGAUGUUCCUUCACGUGUCUUUCACGUCGAUUGUUUUUUCUUACCUGAAAUUAUUGCUUUAACUGGUUAUCAAUCAAAAUCGUCUUUUGGAAUGUUUAACAACAAUAUCAAUAAAAAUAAUAGCAAUGGAACUAAAAUUACUGGAGACUGCUAUUCUCCCUUUCAAUCAUCGUAUAAUCAAUUUGAAUCCAAUCCUCCAAUUAAUCCUUAUGGGUUUUUUGAAUCCUCAAAUAUACAGAAUAAUUCUUUUGGUUAUGAGAAUGGCAGUUAUGCAAUGAAUUCUUUUCCGUUAUGUCAAUCAAACUCCAAUUAUAUUGAUCAACUCCUUAUUGACCGUCCUUCCUUUGCUGACAAAAAUUUUCUAUUAAAAUUUCGUGUUGGAAUGCUUCUUUUGCCGCAAAAGGAUAUAGUUGAUAAAUAUUUGGACUCUGGGGGCAGACAAUGGCGUGAUUCUGUUGAUAUUGAUCUUGUUGUAGCUACAUUAAGAUAUCUUGUGGAUAGUUCUGUUCAAGGGGCAAUAAUUGUUUUUCUUCCUGGUUAUGAAGAAAUUUGUAAUGUUUAUUAUCGAAUUAUGACAAUUUUUGAAGAAGGAAAAUUUAAUUCCGAACCUGUUGUUUUUACUCUUCAUUCUCAAAUUAAUAUGAAUGCGCAGCAGAAAGUGUUUGAUCGUGUUAAAGAUGGACAACGUAAAGUGAUUUUGAGUACUAAUAUCGCUGAAGCUAGUCUUACUGUUGAUGAUGUCGUAUUUGUAAUCGAUAGUGGAAAAGCAAAGGAGAAAUCUUACGAUUCUUCAACUCAUGUUGCCCGCCUUAAUUGUUGUUGGAUUUCACAAUCAAGUGCUGAACAAAGAAAAGGUCGUGCUGGUCGUUGCCAAUCUGGUUAUUGCUUUCGCCUGUAUACUUUGGAAGAUUAUAACAAAAUGGAGCCAUCACAAUUACCUGAAAUUAAAAGAACUGCUAUUCAUGAAGUUUGUUUACAUGCAAAAAUGUCUGCGCCUGGUGGUUUAACUGUUCAAGAAUUUCUGAGACAAGCACCAGACCCACCUGAUGAAUUUAUCGUGGAACAAAGCAUGUUAUUUCUUGAGCUUCUUGGUGCCCUCCAAUCGCCACAAAGCUGGGAUGACUUUAAUACUCCAUCAGAUGGCUAUGUGGAUUAUAAUUAUUCCCCUACGCAGCGUAAUACAAAUCAUCGUAAUCGAGGGACUCUUUACCAGAAAAUGAGCCGUUCCAGCAAUAUUUCACCAAGAAGUUGUACUCAAUAUAAUUUUGAAGAUGUAUUAAAUGAUAUUCAGAAAGAAGCUGACAUUACUGAAAUUGGCAAAAUUAUAACACAUUUGCCUUUAGACCCUAAAUUAGCCAGGCUGCUGCUUUUUGGACUUUCCUUUAAAUGUUUGAACCCAAUUACUACUCUUGUUGCUGCCAUAUCAUAUCGUGAUCCAUUUUUAUUGACAAUUGGAAGCGACGACAACAAAAAACGUGAUGCCUUAAUUGCUCGUGACAAACUUUGUAAAAAUGAUUUGAGUGAUCAUCUAAUGUUAAUUCGCCUAUUUAAUGCUUAUGAAUCAGAACCAACUCAAUAUUUAAAAGAAAAGUUUUGUGACCAAUAUUUGGUUAACGAACAAGCUAUGAGGAUGAUUCAUGGAAUAAAGAAACAAUUAAUGUAUGAACUUAGACGAUGUCAUUUAGUCCCAGAUGAUGUAUUUAGAGCAGAAGAUGACUCGUCGUUAAAUAAAUAUUCUGAUAGUUGGCCAAUGGUACAAGCAGUAAUUGUUGCUGGAUCUUAUCCGAAUAUUGGUUUUGUGCAAAGAGGGAACAAAUUUAAUAGGAUUCGUUCACAUGUUGGAAAAUCAUCAAUUUUUCAUGCUAGCUCCUCAUUAAAAAAGCAACUAACAACAAUUACAAAUACCUCAUCAAAUAAUUCAAAGAAAAUUGAACCAGAAUAUUUUGUAUUUCACGAAGCAAUUGCAAAAGAUGAUAAUAUUAUGACUCAACAUUCAAUCAAAAUUGUUACAGCAGUUCCUCAAAUUGCUGUUUUAUUAUUUGCUGGUCCAAUUCGAAUGGCAGCGGAAGCUUUGGCAUAUUUUGAAAUUGUUGAUACAAAUGGCGAUCUUCAACGAAAACGCCAAUUACUUCGUGAGGAGAAAAUUGCAAAAUGGAAAGAACAGCAGGAGAAUGAAAGGCGUUUGUGGAAUGAACGGAAUAUUAUUAUCCAUCUGGAUGAACACGAUACUGGUGAUCUUAAAGAUGAGGAUCUGCCACAUUCUCUUCAAGAUGAUGAAUUUCUUCAGCUUGACAAAUGGUUUGGGUUCCGAGGCAAAUUCAAUGCAUUACAACGGGUUAUUCGCCUUCGAUGUCGCAUAAUGGAUUUGUUAGUUCGUUCACUAACAUUUGGUCAAAACAAGAAACAUGAUGAGCCUCUGCUCGAUUGCCUUAAUCAAAUCCUUUGCAUUGCACAUAAAUCUCAAGGAUUCAAUUCAGUGGUGGAUUUAUCAAGAGGGCCUUCACAACGUAAAAUUCGUACAGUUUCUAAUUCAAAUCGAAAUUUGGUCGCAACAACACAUUCUGGAUCGAAGCAUAUUAGAUGACUUUAUUGUAUUACAAUCAACCUCAUUUUUAGACAUCCCUAGGAUUAGGCACUCCUCAAUUUACUGCUACAAGGGGGUAUCUAAAACGAGGUUCGACUAUUUUUUUUAAUUUUAAAAUUAAUUCAAUGCCUUUGAUUUUUGUUUGUAAUGUCGCAUGAUUUUUUGCAUUGUUAUUUGUCAAUUUUUUAUCUAUAAUUUAUUUAUCCCAGUUUUGUAUCCUCGAAAAUUUUUACUUUAUUUACCUAAAAUUUUAUUUGGACAUUCCGUUUUAAAAUAUUUAAAUUAUAUUUAUUUAAUUCCAAAUUUGUUAAUUGGAAGUCAUUU